AUGCCUGAUGACACAGAAUCAUCACACAGAGGGAAGAAUAUGGAAAACGGCAUGCAGAAGAAAAACCCAGUGUAUCAUCUGGGGUCGAGUGAUGGUCCAGGAAUUAUCAUCACUCCGAUUGUUCUAAAGGGAACUAACUAUGAUGAAUGGGAUAGAGCAGUUAGAAGGUCAUUGAUAGCCAAGAAGAAGUUUGGUUUUGUGGAUGGAACUAUCACAGAACCCGUAGAACCUGAUCAGUUGGAAGAGUGGAUUGCGGUUCACUCAAUGCUAGUUUCCUGGAUCAGCAACACGUUGGAGACAUCAAUUAGAUCGACAUUGGGAAACUAUGAUGAUGCAAGCUUGCUGUGGACACACUUGAAGAGAAGGUUCUGUGUUGUGAGUGGAACACGGAUCUGCCAGUUGAAGGCCUCAUUGAGUGAGUGCAAACAAAAGAAAACAGAGGAUGUAGCUGUUUACUAUGGGAGAUUGAACAAAAUAUGGGAUGAGAUGGUGACCUAUAUGAAGAUACCUAAGUGA